UCGGGGUCUGCAUACACCCUGCGCAGCCUGGACCCGAGCGGAGCCUCUCCGGGGCCCGGCCGCGCCCGGUCCCGGGAGGUGAGUAGAGGGCCACGCCGCGGGCACCAGGCGUCCGGGAGGGCACUCAGGAUUCUGGGGCGCUGGGCAAGCGGUACCAUGAUGUGGGGUGCAGGCAGCCCCCUGGCCUGGCUCUCUGCUGGCCCAGGAAACAUGAACAUGAGCAGCGUGGGCUCAGCAGAGGGGCCCACAGGCCCAGCCACACCACUGCCCUCACCUAGGGCCUGGGACGUAGUGCUGUGCAUCUCAGGUACCCUUGUGUCCUGUGAGAAUGCACUGGUGGUGGCCAUCAUCGUGGGCACUCCCGCCUUCCGUGCCCCCAUGUUCCUGCUGGUGGGCAGCCUGGCUGUGGCAGACCUGCUGGCAGGCCUGGGUCUGGUCAUGCACUUUGCUGCUGUCUUCUGCAUUGGCUCGGCGGAGAUGAGCCUGGUGCUGGUGGGCAUGCUGGCCAUGGCCUUUACUGCCAGCAUUGGCAGCCUACUGGCCAUCACCGUUGAUCGCUACCUUUCUCUGUACAAUGCCCUCACCUACUACUCAGAGACGACAGUGACGCGGACCUAUGUGAUGCUGGCCCUAGUGUGGGGAUGCUCAUUGGGCCUGGGGCUGCUGCCUGUGCUGGCCUGGAACUGCCUGGAUGCCCGGGCCACGUGUGGCGUGGUAUAUCCGCUCUCCAAGAACCAUCUGGUGGUCCUGGCCGUUGCUUUCUUCAUGGUGUUUGGCAUCAUGCUGCAGCUCUAUGCCCAGAUCUGUCGCAUCGUCUGCCGCCAUGCCCAGCAGAUUGCCCUCCAGCGGCACCUGCUGCCUGCCUCCCACUACGUGGCCACCCGAAAGGGCAUUGCCACCUUGGCCGUGGUGCUUGGCGCCUUUGCCGCCUGCUGGCUGCCCUUCACCGUCUACUGCCUGUUGGGCGAUGCCCACUCCCCACCCCUCUACACCUAUCUCACCCUGCUCCCUGCCACCUACAACUCCAUGAUCAACCCCAUCAUCUAUGCCUUCCGCAACCAGGACGUGCAGAAGGUGCUGUGGGCUGUCUGCUGCUGCUGUUCCUCUUCCAAGAUCCCCUUCCGAUCUCGUUCCCCCAGUGAUGUCUAGUAGCAUCCUGGUGACCUUUCAGCCCUGAUCACUACAGAAUUCCAGAAUGUUAGGUCCUCCACGGCUUUGUUCCAACCCUCCAGCUCCGCACCCCAAGACCCAGCUGGUUCUGGAGUUCUAGGACUUUGGGUGUUUCACAGGAUUCUGUUCAGAUCCCUGCAGGGCCCAGCUGGCUCCAUGGUUCUAGAAUGUUCAGAUGGUCAGGGUUCCACUCAGAA